GGCCAAUGUGGGGCGUGGGAUACAUUCUGCUGUGCGGAGGAGAGCGGGGGAUGAGUCUCCAAGUACGCACGGAUUUACAGGAACUUUAAGCUUAAGACAAAAACGUGGAAGACAACUCGAAUAUGUGACAUCAGAGUGUGUGACAAGCAGCCAACACAGGACCUCACGUUCAGAAUUAAAGACUUUAAGAAGCCACCUUCCACUCCUGACUGACUGACGUCCCAUAAUGCCGCUGAUCGUGUUCCCCACCUCCCAGCUGCUGUGGGUGCGUGUGGCUGCCCUGCUGUUCACCUGCGUGGCGUUCAGUGUCUCAGCACAUGGGUCUUCACUGUACUACAGCAGCAUGGCUGACUGGUGCAUCUUCUGCUGGGCGUUCAGCUUCGCCUGCACCCUCCUGGUCCUGCUGGUGGAGCUGUUCGGCCUCCAGGCUCGAGUCCCGGUGUCCUGGACCAAUUUCCCCAUCACUAUCGCUUCCUACGCCACCCUCCUCUGCCUCUCUGCCUCUGUCAUCUACCCACUUUUUUUCAUCAAGAACCAGCCCAGCUACGGCGAGGCUCGCAACUAUCGCAUCGCCGCCACCGUCUUCUCCUGCCUGGCGGCCGUAGCCUACAUGGGGGAGGUGAGCCUGACUAAGGCGAGGCCGGGAGAGGUGGCAGGUUACAUGGCUACGGCUCCCGGCCUGUUGAAGGUGUGCCAGACCUUUGUGGCCUGUGUUAUCUUCAUCCUGGUCAGCGACCCUGUGUCGUAUAACCAGCACGCAGCGCUCAAGUGGUGCAUGGCGGUGUACUGCAUCUGCUUCAUCCUGUCCAUGGCCGUGGUGGUGCUGUGCGUGGGCGAGCUCACCGGCUAUCUCCCCAUCCCCUUCUCCAAGUUCCUGUCAGCUUACGGGCUCCUGGCGGUUAUCAUGUACUUCACGGCUACGAUCAUCUGGCCCGUGUUCCAGUUUGACAAACAGUACAGAGGUGGAAGCGGACCGUCGUCGAAACUUGAUCGCCGUGGCGGUGCUCACUGCUCUCAACUUCCUGCUUUACCUCGCUGACCUGGCCUACACCGCCAGACUGGUGUUUGUCAGUGCCUGAGAGGAAAAGAGAUGAAGCGUUGAGGGAUGACGAGCAGAAAUAUACGACUCUUCCCUUUAGUGUCUAAUUGUGAAAUGCUGAAAUGAGAAGUAUUGUUGGUAUAAAGAAAGAAAAGUCACGUACAGUAGCCUUUGUAUGUUUUUACAUGUUUGCAGAUAUCUGCAAUGGCAGUGUUUUAGCUCUAAUGUGAAUUGUCCUGUGCUAAAUGUGCAACACAAGUAUUACGUGAACAAAGUGGGACUUUACAUGAUGAUAUGACAAAAACAAAGUCAUCUGUCAAUGCUGUUAAAAUCCACUGAAGUCAACACACUGGAUCAGCACGAGAGACGUUUAUGAACGAGAGAAGAAAUGUAGUAUUUGCUGUAUGAGACACACCUCUUCUUCACAACCCAACAAAUUACUCCUUCAAUAUCUUUCUUAUUAUCGUUGGUUCAUUAGAAAAAGAAGAAUUUAAGUAUCAGUAUUAAAACAUUUGAAAGAAUGUCAUUUGAGCAAAUAUUUAGUGAAACAAAUAAAUGUGUGUGUCGUGA